UUACACAACUUUUAGCUGAAACGAAGUUAAUGCAGUCGAACUCCUAAGCGGAAGUUGAAUUAAUUAUUUGUACAAUUUUGAUAUCUUUCCAGUUAAUUCAGUAUGUCUUCUCAGGUUCAAAACCUUCAAAAACAACUUUUACAGCUUCGUCAAGAAGCAAAUGUUCACAGAAUACCUGUGUCAGAAGCGAUAGGAGAGAUUAUGAGGUAUACAAGUCAACAUGCCUCAGAUGAUGCCUUGGUUGUAGGUGUACCACAGUCAGAAAAUCCAUUUAAGGAUGCCAAGGGUUGCUUGAUUCUAUGAUAGCUCAUACUUCGUUAAAGGAAAUGCAAGCACAAAUUAUUUGUUGUAGCUGUGAAAGGACAGAAUCUCUCAACCCUACUUGCCUUGGAUUAUAACAUCUUUGUUUAUUCUGGACAGACAUGUUUGAGCUUCUUCCGUGUUUGUGAUUUUAAUAUUUAAAGUUUUAUUAGAAAUAUUUAGAAACAAGAUUCAUUUUACUCCUUUGGUAGGAAGAGUUACAACAACUAAAUAGUCAAUGUUUAUUAUAUUACAAACCCAUCUUUCAUUCUCUACCCAAAGCUUUUGUGCAAUAUUUUAUAAAUUGUUGUAAUAUGUGUAUACUCUUUUGAUAUAAUUUAAACCAUGUAUUCUUUUGAGGACAGAUUUUUAACAAUUUGUUUUAUAACAUUGCCUAGCUUUUAUUGUUUGGCUGCGAAUCAUGUUGGUCCGGCAGCCUUGUUGUCAGCAUCACACUUUCAUUUCCUGUCAAGAACAUUUGAAUUAUAUAAAUUAAUGGUCAAUUUUAAAGUGAGACUAGAGAACAGCACCUUAAGCAGAUGUACAGUUACCUGUGAACCGCAACAUGCAGGAAUAGGUCUUAUUUGCCUGUCUGAGUGAAAUAAAUUUUACAUUCAAAAUAUACAACUUCUAAUAAUGUCACCAUGGGCGCCACUAUUCUAUAUUGGUCGCACAGGAAACAGUGACGCCAUAUUUCAUGAAUUAUUUACUGGAAGUCCUAUUUCUGCUUGUUACAGUUCUAGUGAAAUGGCACAUACAAAUUUGACCAGCAGAUAAAUGUAGGAUAAAAGUGCCUUUAGAACACGUUCAGUUGAUCGUCACUGAUACUAAAAAAAAAGAUAUGGUUGUCAAUAUUAUUUUAUCAUGUUAAUUUGUGUACCUUUUUACAGUGGUAUGCUUAAUUAUGUAGGGACCAUAGAUUUCUGUAAGCAGCUGUUCCUUGAAACCAGAUUUGCAUGUGAAAUUUCUUGAUUUUGUGAAAAUAUGUUAUUCAGAACCUUUAUUGCAUUUUUUAAAAUUAAGAAAACAAUUCAAAUGCUUUGAACAAUCAUGGAAACUGCUAGUGUUUACACCUAAAUGAAUAUACUAUGUAUAGUGUAUUGCAAACCAGUGUUAUAACAUAUUUUAGCCUCACAUUUAUAUUAUUCAGCAUCUGUGACUUUGUAGACAAUGAUUUGAUCAAAGUGGUUUCUUUUUCUUAUUAUUUUGAAUUAUAUUUAUUUUGAAAUAAAUGAGAAAGUAGAAAAAAGGA